AUGCAAUUAAAAAAGUACGACGAACAUGGGCGCCCUUACAUUGAAAUUUCUAAAGGGUACGAAAUUCGCUUGGAUUACAGCGAUUUAACAGAAGAAGAAAAGGAAAAAGCUCGAGUUGAGUUACGAGAAACGCCUGAAAAUGUGGAAAAAGGCAUCAAAGAGCUUCGUGAACUCGUCGAAGCUGACGACACGUUAUUCGUUCCGCACAUGCACGAUGAAUGGCUGAUGCGUUUUUUGCGUCCCACAAAAUUUUAUGCGAAAAGCGCGUACGAACUCAUGUUGCGCUAUUACAAAUUCAAGCUCAAACAUCCCGAUUUGUGCGAAAAUCUCGUGCCAAAAACGGCAAAAAUUGGUUUUCAGCAUAACAUCAUCCAUUUUCAGCCGUUGCGCGAUCAACACGGUCGAAGAAUUUUGAUUUUUUUCGGGGGUCGCGACUGGGAUCCGAGCGUCGUGCCAAUUACAGACAUUUUUCGGGCGAUGCAGCUGUCCGUGGAAGCAGCCUUGCUUGAGCCAAAGACGCAAGUUCAUGGUUACGUCGUGAUUUUGGACUUUUUGAAUCUAACGUUGAAGCAAUGUCUCUCUGCCAGGCCCGGAUUUUCGCGAAUUAUCAUGGAAUACACGCAGGAAUGUGUCCCGUUGCGAUGCAAAGCGAUCCAUAUCGUCAAUUAUCCGGUAGUUUUUCAGAUGUUGUAUGGGCUUUUCCGACCUUUCAUGCGGGGAAAGUUGAAAAAUCGCAUUUUCUUCCACGGGAACGACUUUAAGAGCUUGCACGAGCACAUUGAUCCGGCGUGUUUGCGAGCUGUUCAUGGCGGCACGAUGGAAUGUGACGAUGUGGAUGGCAAAUUACUCGCUGAUGUGCUGGAAGAAGCCUCCGAUGAAUUUGAAUUGGCAGCGAAAUUUGGAAUAGUAAAGAAUAAAAAUGAAGUAAAUUUUGAAAUUGUGCCGAUUUCUGAUACGACAAAGACGGGCGCCAGAUAUGUAAUUGCUAAAAAAGAAGAAAAAAUUGAAAGUUAAUUAGUUUUAAGUUGGUU